CCUCCCCACUUCCCAGUCGCCCAAACCCUCCAAACUCCCAGCACAACCCCAAGAAAGAGCUACAGCCCACAGCCGCCGCGAUGCAUCAAGCGAUGCCCAUGCCCACGGGGGCGCCGGCGGCGGGGAUGCCUCCGGCGGCUGGACUCAGCACCGAGCAGAUCCAGAAGUAUCUGGAUGAAAAUAAGCAACUUAUUUUGGCUAUCUUGGAAAAUCAGAACCUCGGAAAGUUGGCAGAAUGUGCUCAGUAUCAAGCCCAGCUUCAGAAGAAUCUCCUGUAUUUGGCUGCAAUUGCUGAUACCCAGCCACAGACCCCUGUAAGCCGUCCUCAGAUGGCUCCACCUGGUGCUGCAGGACAAUACAUGUCGCAGGUGCCAAUGUUCCCUCCGAGGACCCCUCUAACACCCCAGCAGAUGCAGGAGCAGCAACUACAGCAACAGCAAGCUCAAUCGCUUCCAUUCGCUGGUCAAAUGACUGGGAGACCUGGGGUUGUCAAUGGCAUGCAGGCCCAGCAAGUCGAACCAACCUAUGCAGCAGGUGGGGCCACUUCUGAGCCUUCAGCCUCUGAUAAUAAUGACGGCAGAAGCGAGUCCUAAGAAAGCUACUAGGUAGCCUUUUAGGUUUGCAGAAUGCAUGUAUACUACCACCAGGACGAAGAGAGGAUCUUUCCUGUGCCCUUUAACCAUAAGUGGCCGCGAUCUUCGAAUGGAUGAUGACUAGUUGUUGUGGUCGCCUUCGCCUUUCCAAUUAGAACAAAGCGUAGAUUGUUGCCAUCUGUGCUGUGCUAGACUUUCUGCAUUGUUGUAGGUUCGUAUUCAUUUUGUAUGGAAUAAUAGGUCCCUCCGUUGUUUGUUCCUCAUGGUGGUUGUCUGCCAACUAGACUAGUGUAAAAGCCUGAUGGUGGUUGUCUCCAGGAGUUGUUUCUGCCAUGCUUCUUAGUAUCAUGACUAUCUUAUUAAAGAAUGCUCCUUUUUUUAUAACUCAA